CAUUCCACGCGCCAGGCAACAAGGAAGUAUCAGGGAGACCUAGGAUAGACCUGCCGAGCUCUUUGGAAGCAGACAGCAAAUUCAUACAGUCGCGAGUUCAUUGUUUACUUUACAAGUAUACAUUUCUUACCGCUUUUAGCUGUUUUCGUUUAAUGCAUCCUGUAGGCGUACGACUGAAAUUGGUAGCAGCAGCUAGCUAGUUAACAGGACCCGCUACCGUUAGCUGGCUAAUUGUUAGCGAACCGUAUUGACCUGCAUAUUAAGCUUGCCAGGCUCUUUUGUUAGCUAAGUUUGAUCUCGAGAAGGCGUUAUGGCUUGGGUUUGCAAGAUGUUGUUCUGAUGUUGGUUCCAACGAAUUCCUGUAGAAUGGUUAGCCAGCCCCAUAGCUAUCAAGCUACUGUAAUAGAACUCAUGCCUGCAAGCUUGUCCUCCAAAACUUUGUCUUCCAAAACAAUGAGGGAAUAGGUGUUAACUGCAGAAUGACAACAGACCGUAUGCACCAUGGCACAGACAGAAGUUGAUUGGGACCACCAUAUACCCUUACCAAAGCUUGCCCCAGUCAAAGCCAAGAUCACUUUGGCUCUGGUAGCGCUGCUCUGCUUCAUCAACAGCUAUGAUGGAGACUUUGUGUUUGAUGAUUCAGAAGCUAUCGUCAAUAACCAGGACUUGAAUCCAGCCACUCCCCUCAACAACAUCUGGGGAAAUGACUUCUGGGGCAGUAACCUGAGCAGCAACAACAGCCACAAGUCCUACAGGCCACUCACUGUCCUCACCUUUAGGUUCAACUACCUCAUGGCCGGUGGGCUGCACCCAGUAGGCUUCCAUAUUUUGAACAUUGGCCUGCACAGUCUCAUAUCAGCACUGAUGUUCGACAUGUUCUCCAUACUGCUCGGUGGUUUGACCUACGUGAACAGGAAGAGGCUCAACCACGUGCCCAAGGCAUCUCUCCUGGCCGGCAUUCUCUUCGCAGCUCACCCCAUUCACACCGAAAGUGUUGCAGGGAUUGUCGGCAGGGCAGACCUACUGUGUGCACUUUUCUUUCAGCUAUCAUUUCUGACCUACUGCAAAGCCUUCAGAGGAGGUACUGAGAGAGAGAACAUUGCCAUUCAUUGGAUUGCCGUGAGCCUCUUGUUGUGUUCUGCGGCCAUGCUCUGCAAAGAACAAGGCAUCACUGUUCUGGGGGUGAACGCUGCCUUUGAUGUCCUCCUGAUAUGUAAUGUAAAUGUCUUUGAGCUGAGCCACAGGCUGUUCCUUAAGAAGAAAACAGCAGACGUGAGUGAGCUGGUACGAACAGGGCUCCUUACUCGAUUGGCUCUCCUGUCUCUGAGUGGAGCCUCCUUGCUGUACACACGCUGGAAGAUCAUGGGAACUGGGCCACCGGCCUUCACCGAAGUUGACAACCCAGCAUCCUUUGCGGAAAAUGUAUUUCUCAGAAUAGUCAACUAUAAUUACUACUACUCACUGAAUGCCUGGCUGCUGCUGUGUCCCUGGUGGCUGUGUUUUGAUUGGUCCAUGGGCUGCGUGCCCCUCAUUAAGUCCGCAUUUGAUUGGAGGAUGCCCUGGCUGCUGCUGCUCUGGAGCUUCCUGAUAGGCUUGAUAAACCAAGCCAUAUGCUCACAGGACAGCCAGAGGAGAAGUUUAAGGUUGUGUCUGUUCCUGCUUCAAACCAGGACCGGAUCACCAGUCAGAUCCAGAUCCCAAUGCAGUCUGUGGAGACAGCUGGUGAGGACGUUGACCCUGGGCUUGGUUCUUCUGGUGGUUCCCUUCCUGCCCGCCUGCAACAUCUUCUUCAGGGUGGGCUUUGUAGUUGCAGAGAGGGUCCUCUACCUCUCCUCAGCCGGAUAUUGUAUGCUACUAGCCUACGCCCUGGGUUGUUGCUGCUGCCGCUGGAGCAAACACAAGGGGCUGCUUCGCGCCUUGCUGCUCGCACUUUUAUGUGUCUAUGUUGCUCGCUGUUCCAUGCGUAGUCACCAGUGGCGUUCCGAGCAGAGCCUCUUCACCAGUGCCCUGUCUGUUUGUCCCCUCAAUGCCAAGGUGCAUUAUAAUGUUGGCAAAAACCUUGCAGACCGAGGGAACACUAGUGCUGCCAUCAAGUACUACAGAGAGGCUGUCAGGUUGCACCCCACGUAUGUCCAUGCUAUGAAUAACCUGGGCAACAUCCUGAAGGAGAGGAACGAACUGGUGGAGGCAGAGGACCUGCUGGCUAAAGCUGUACACAUACAACCGGACUUUGCAGCCGCAUGGAUGAAUCUAGGAAUAGUGCAAAACAGCCUGAGGAAGUUUGAGGAAGCAGAACAGAGCUACUGGAAUGCCAUCCGAUUCCGUAAGAAAUACCCCGACUGUUACUACAACCUCGGCCGCCUUUAUGUCGACCUGAACAGACACCUAGAUGCUCUGAAUGCAUGGAGGAAUGCUACAAUGCUGAAGCCGGAUCACAGUCUAGCCUGGAACAACAUGGUCAUACUGCUGGAUAACACUGGCAACCUGGCCCAGGCGGAGGUGAUUGGCCGAGAAGCCCUGAAACUCCUCCCCAAAGACCACACCAUCAUGUUCUCAUUGGCCAACGUCCUGGGCAAACUACAGAAGUAUGAGGAAUCUGAAGGUUUCUUCCUCCAUGCUCUGAGGAUCAACCCAAACUCUGCCAGUUGCCAUGGUAAUCUUGCGGUGUUGUACCAUCGCUGGGGGAAGUUGGAGCUGGCCAAGAAGCACUAUGAGCUGUCUCUGAAGCUGGACCCAGAGGCUCUGGGCACCCGGGACAACUACGACAUGUUGCAACGCAAACUGGACCAGCUUUAUAGGACCACAGCGCCCUAAGGGACCGGAGUACUGACUAUGCGCUCUGACAAAUACAGAUACACACAGCUGGUUCAUUUGAUUUUCAUUCCAGCUUUGUUCUAUGUCCGUUGUAUUAAUAUGAAUAAAGACCAUAUUCUGUGUGACAA